AUGGGUCAAGGUCGCCGCAUGAAGAGAAAGCAGGGCAUGCCCGAAGCCCUGUCCGAGGAGCACUUUGCCAACCUCAAGCGAAAAGCAGGCCUCCCCGUGGAGCCGCCGGUCGAGAAGGCGUCGCUGAGCAACAAGAAGCGCAAGACGGGCGCAGCGAAGAAGCCGGAGCCCGCGCCCAAGAAGGCGGCCGCGAGCGCCAAGAGCAAUGGGAAGCCGAAGAAGAAGAGUAAGCUGCCGGAGCCGGAGGCGGACGGCUCCGAGGACGAGGAGAUGGGUGACGAGUUUGAUCUAGACCAGCUGGAGGGCGACGAGUCUUCCGAUGAGGAGGCUUCUUCGGGGGGCAAGAAGAAGAACAUUUGGUCAGAUGACGAGGAUGAGGAUGCGGAAGAGGACGACGACUCGGUCUUCGAUUCGGACGACCAGGAGGAGGGAAAGAAGGGCAAAUUCGUCUUCUCCGACGACGAGGACGAAUCCGACGCCGAAGAGAAGCUGACGGCCGCCAACAUUGCCGGUCUGUCGCGGAAACUGGACAAGAAGCUGGCCGAGGACAAGGCCAUUACCGAAGCCGAGCUGCAAGAGUCUGCGAUGCAGACCAACAUUGACGGACCAAAGAUCUUUGGCGAGGGCCUCGAGGAUGACGACGAGGAGGAUGACCUGGCCAAGAAGAGCCAGGCCCUGCUGGCGCCGGAUCUGCAGCUGCUGCGACAGAGGAUAACGGAUAACAUACGGGUGCUGGAUGAUUUUGCCAACCUGGCUGAGGAGGGGAGGUCGAGGGCGGAGUAUACUGCUCAGCUGCUCAAGGAUAUCUGCGGUUACUACGGCUACAGCCCCUACCUGGCCGAGAAGCUCUUCAACCUCUUCACCCCCCGCGAGGCCUUUGCCUUCUUCGAAGCCAACGAGAUGCCGCGUCCCGUCGUUAUCCGAACAAACACCCUGCGGACGCACCGAAGAGACCUUGCUCAGGCGCUCAUCAACCGCGGCGUCACGCUCGAGCCCGUGGGCAAGUGGAGCAAGGUCGGCCUGCAGAUUUUCGAGACCAACGUGCCCCUGGGUGCUACGCCCGAGUACCUUGCUGGUCAUUAUAUUAUCCAGGCUGCUGCCUCUUUCUUGCCGGUUAUGGCGCUUUCACCGCAACCGAAUGAGCGAGUUCUUGAUAUGGCCUCUGCCCCCGGUGGAAAAACGACUUACUGCUCAGCCAUGAUGAACAACACCGGUGUCGUCUUCGCCAACGAUCCCAACAAGGAGCGUGCCAAGGGUCUGAUUGGUAACGUUGCUCGUCUGGGCGUUCGAAACGUCAUCGUCUGCAGCUACGACGGUCGCGAGUUUCCCCGAGUCAUGGGAGGUUUCGACAGAGUUCUCCUUGAUGCCCCCUGCUCCGGAACGGGCGUCAUCUCAAAGGACCCCAGCGUCAAGACCAACAAGGACGAGAAAGACUUCAUCUCACUGCCGCACAUGCAGAAGCAGCUGUUACUAUCAGCCAUUGACUCUGUUAACCACGCCAGUGAGACGGGUGGUUUCCUUGUCUACUCGACAUGUAGUGUCACGACUGAGGAGAACGAGGCCGUCGUCAACUACGCCCUGUCCCGUCGCCCCAACGUGAAGCUCGUCGACACCGGCAUCCCCUUUGGCAAGGAGGGCUUCACCAGCUUCAUGGGCAAGAAGUUCCACCCCAGCCUCAAGCUCACCCGCCGGUUCUACCCGCACGCGCACAACAUUGACGGCUUCUACGUCGCCAAAUUCCAAAAGAUUGGGCCGACGCCGCCCAACGCCAUUGGCGCCGCCGGCAAGAAGUCUGGUGGUGCGGCCGCUGAUGCGGAGGUGGAGGUCAUUGACAAGACGCCCAUCGCUACGGAUGAUGAUGACGUCGAGUCUGAGGAGAAGAAGGCGGGCAAGAAGGGUAAGAGCAGCAACGGCACUUCUUCUUCUUCUUCUGGCAAGGGCGAUUUCAGCGCUUUCGAUGAGGAGGAGGAUGUCAAGUAUAUCGAGAAGGCGAAGAGGAAUGCUAUGCGGAGGAGAGGUCUGGAUCCUAGGGCUUUGAAGAAGCCUAAGGCUCAGGAGAAGAAGUAG